CCGAAAUAAGAUCCUUGUUUACGUCUAUAUACAUUCUCUUUGCCAAUACUUAAUAUAUCUGGUCCAAAAAUAUAUAGUCCGAUGUAAGCCUAAUGCUGCACGUAUGCAUCUAUCGGUCCUUUGAAGCCGACGUUAUAUCAGGAAAUGGCCGAUGUAUCGGAGGAAGUGCCGAUCAAGGAUGCCGCGACGGCAAUCUCUCAGGGCAAACGUCACCUUCUGGUGCGCGAUUAUCACCUCGCAGUAGCAGUCCUAGCUCGUGCCUGCGAACUUCUCGCUCAGGAACAUGGAGAGACCGGCGACGAGAUGGGCGAGCUCUACCUGCUUUAUGGACGAGCACUUCUAGGUCUGGCACGCGAGGAGGCGGGGGUGUUGGGAGGUGGUGUGCCCGGAUCCGAGGAAGUCAGCCAGGAUGAGCAAGGUGAAGAAGAGGAGGAGGAAGAAAACGACGAGGGGACCACAACGGAAGGCAAUCAUACCACGGAAAGCCCUUGCACAUCGAACGGCAAAGAGGAUGAUAAGCAAGAGAUAACGGAGAAGGAAACGGAAAAAGAAACGGAGAAGGAAACGGAGAAGAAAACGGAGAAAGAGGGAGAAGAUUCAAAGAAUCUGAAGGACACAAAGGCUGAAAAAGAUGAAAAGACAAAAGAGUCCGAUAAAACGGCCGACAGCAAGGUCGAAGAAAAGAGCAAGCCGAGGGAAGAGAUUCCUGGCUGUAGUCGAGAUCUUGAUCUGCACAAUGGCGAAGCUUCUGGUAGUGGUAUGAACAGAAAAGAUGAAGACAAGGAUGGAGAAGCAGAUGAAGAGGACGUUGAGAAGGAAAAUGACGAGGACGAAAUCAACAAUCUACAGAUCGCUUGGGAAGUCUUGGAA